AUGCCUCGUGGAAGACUUCAACGCAAAGGCAACGAUAUCGACGCGAGAGUCGCCCGCCUUGAAGAUCUGGUGAAGCAGUUGAAGGCUCAAGUACAGACCACCAACCAACAUGAUGCCGGGCUCGAGGAUACCCAUCUUCUUGGACCUGUUGGCCCACUGGGAAGGUAUUCCAAUGGGCUGCAGCGUUAUAUCGCUUCCGAUUUCUGGGAAGCGAUUUCGCGAGAGGCCAAUGGCAUCCGCAAGACCCUGGAGGAGUCCAACAAUGAAGGUGCCCCAAGUGCAAAUUACUCUACAUCACCGGGACCGACGACGGAGCCGUAUUCCAUUCCAAAUACACUCCUCUUCGGCCACGGCACAUCUGGCACUGAGUUUGAUACAUCACAACCUCUCCAGAAGCACCUCGCCAGUACACUCCUUUCUAUAUAUCAGCACCGGGUAGAUAGCAUUGUCAAAGUUCUACACUGGCCUUCCGUUGUUGCCGCAAUUGAUAAGAAGAACAUGGAGGCCAGGAACGAGGGCUGGUGGACUGGGAUCCAUGCACUAGAAAGCGCCAUACGAUUUACGGCUUGGUGCACCACGACCGACGCCGAGUGUGAGCAGCAGCUGCGUUGCAACAGAAGCUCUACACUACUGCAACUCAGAAAUGCGGCCGAGUUUUCAAUCUCGAAGGCCAAGCUCCUCGAGUACCCAGAUCUGACGGUCCUUCAGGCCUAUGUCAUAUACUUGAUAGGUCUUCGCUGUUCCACCACUGGCGCAUCGAGCUGGACAUUACUACCAAUAGCUGUCAGGCUAGCAAAAGCGUUGGGACUUGGAUCUGAGGAUCCGAAGAGCCAUUUGCCGUACGAGUUGGAGAUUCGCCGGAGAUUGUGGUACUCAAUUGGAAUGCUUGAUACUCAGCUGGCUUUGGAUAGAGGAUCACUCCCACUACUCUAUUGCAGCGACUUCAUCUCUUGGCCUUUGACGGUGAAUGAUGCAGAUUUGUAUCCGACAUGCAGUCGACUCAUAUCAUCGCAAGGCUUCACGGACAUGGCAUUUUCCUCAAUGACCCACCGGGCCAUGAUGUGUCAGAAGAAACUGUAUGAGACCAAUAUCCACCCCGAGGAUCCUUGGGCCAGCUGGAACGAGAAGAUGGCAGCAAUUGCGGUCUUUGAGGACUACGUGAGAAACAACUCUUCAGUAAGAAAUCCAUUUCCAACCCCAUUGGAAACCUUUACACAGGCUGUUGGGGAAGGAUCGCUACUCAACAUCAAACUGAUGCUUCGACGACCACUACACCGGAUUGAACACAGGCAAGUUCCUCCCUGGGACGAUUACAACAUAAUGAGCGCCAGUACCGAAAUCUUGGAGCGAUCUCUGAACAAGCAAGCGGAUGUCAAGUUUGCAUCUUGGGCAUGGUUUGCAUGGGUCAAAUGGUAUGCUUUGGCCGUGCUACUGGCCGAACUGUACAGCUCCGGUACUGGUGCAACCACUGAGCACUCUUACUUGGUGGCGCGGGAGACAUUCGCGCAAUAUGCCCCAGUGGUCGCUGACAGCGAGUCUGGUAUGCUUUGGAAACCCAUUGUCAAGCUCAUGCGCCAAGUCGAGCGAUUGAGAGGCACUGGCAGCACAGUCAACGGAAAUGCGCAUCAACCCCGGUCGUCUGGUCACUCCGCCGGCGGCGACAUCAAAGCGGGCGAGGCCACGAAGCUCAACGUUUUCCAAGGUUACGCCGCGAGUCCUCAGAGUGCCCAUCGGCGAGAUGCCGGAAAAUCACUUGUGGCGGAAUCAGAUCUUCUCGACCAGACCAUCACCCAACCCAGGGGUACUACGCAUGGUAUCGUGGAUACAGAAAACAUUGAGCAGAUGAGAAUGCAGGAUGUUCUAGACGACGAUCUGUCAUUGAUGAAUUGGGAUAGUUUCUUGGAAGACAUGUUCCACUCCACCAUCAUGGACCUGAGUAUGAACUGA